AUGCCUAUGAUCGUGCCUAUUGCUCUGUGCGCCGGCUUCACAGUGGCAGCCUUGAUGGCAACGUUUGGAAAAAAUGAGCAAUAUUCCAGCAACAUCACGGCGGGUUCCAGACUACGGGACCGUUAUGAACAAUUAGGGUCUACACGGAACAGACCCAGAUCUGGAAGACCACGUGUUACCACGUCCAAGACCGCUACAUUCGUGCACGCCACCUACGUGGAGAACGACAACGACAACGUCAACGGUAUCGGCAACACCGGGCAUGUGGAGAUGAUCAGACCAGACAAUGCUCGGGGCGAACAUACAUAUAAAGUAUUGCAUUUUGAUUUUUUCAGUGGUGGUCACUUCAACCCUGCUGUGAGCGUAGCGGUGUGUGUGUCCGGUUCUCUGAAGCCUCUCCUACUGCCCGCUUACAUCGUUAUGCAGAUGCUGGGUGGAGUCGCCGGAGCCGCCCUCGCCAUGGUUGUUGAACCAGAUGAGCUGUUCACCAAGGUGUUGACUGAUGACUACGUUGAGAUGGCCGUGGGACCUGGGCGGGCUAUUGCCUGCGAGUUCUUGCUGACUGCGUUUGUGGUAAUUGCUGUGUUGUUGACCACGCUGGAGGAGAAGACGAAGACGCAUGCCGCUCCAACUGCAGUGGGGUUCGCGUAUGUCGUCGGCAUUCUCUCAGGUAUUCGGAUAACCGGCACUAGUCUGAAUCCUGCCCGUAGCUUUGGUUCAGCGGUAGUUCUGUGUCUGUAUUCCCACAAAGCAUGGUCUAACCAGUACGUGUUCUGGGUUGGACCGCUUCUAGCAGCUGUGGUGAUAGCUAUAUUUUACAGAUACGUGCUUUUUCGACGGAAGACAUCCUCCAAGGAUAUAUACAAAUACUCACACCUUAUGGCAGACCCCAAUCAACACGACUGAAACAACAUGAGCUGACAACAAAACACAUCACUCAUUGACACAUGCC